CAAUCAGUAUAUAAUUGAUCUUUCCAAUUAUAUAGUAAUUGUACCAUAAUUAAAUGUUAAUUCCGUGCAAUAUAUAUAAGUUAAAGAAAAGACAGAUUAAAGGAGAGAACAUCGAGCAGAUGUACAAUUAAUAAUGCAAAUUGAUUACAUCCUGUUAUAUCGUAGUGAUUCCAAUGCUCGAGGAUAAUGCAACAACGUGAUGUACAGCGUUGUUCAAGCGUGCGUUUAAGCGCGCAAAAGAGUGGGAGAAUCUGUUUUCGGUGAUGCAGUAUAAAACUACGUGGGUAUGAUCGAUGGAUCGUAGUCGUUUCUGUAAUUUGUUCCCGUGUCUGUUUCCUGACGAAAGAUUCAUCGCAAUGGCGUCGUCUGUGCGAAAAAAGAGAGUUUCCAUCGUCUCCCUCUCAGAGAAAAUGAAGACUUCACCGAAUAAACCUGAAGCAUGGUAUGGAUGCAGACACACGCAGGUGAUACUCAUGUGCUUCGGUUUCUUUUGCUGCUACGCCGUCCGGGUGACGACCUCGGUGACCCUGGAGGCGAUGACCAAUGCGGCCAGCGCUAAUCCCGACUUCGAGGAGUUUGACUGGAGCGAACCAGUCAAACACAUGAUUCUUAGUUCCUUCUUCUGGGGCUACACUUGUACGCAAAUACCUGCCAGCAUCCUCGCUCAACGAUGGAGUGCUCAAGGACUAUUCUCGAUGACUCUUAUCAUCUCCGGUGUGUUGACUCUCUGCAGCCCGAUCGCUGCUCGUUACGGAGGCUGGCAGGCGAUGAUCGCUACCAGGGUGAUCUGUGGCCUCGCUCAGGGUGCCGCUCUACCCUCUCUUCACACCCUAUUAUCCAAGUGGUCACCACCGGAGGAGCGUGGCAGACUUGCAACAUUUGUUUAUUCCGGAGGCUGGAUUGGAAACGUAGUAUGUUUGCUAAGUACUGGCUUUCUCGCAGCAUCGUCCAUCGGCUGGCCUAGUUGUUUUUUCGUUUGGGGAACUUUCAGCAUCAUAAGCGGUACCGCUUUCUACAUAUUAGGAAAGGAUUCACCCUCUGAGCAUCCCAGGAUACCUUUGGAUGAAAAGGAAUAUAUUGAGAUGAGUCUGGGAAUAACAGAAAUAGAUGAGAAACCUUCCACUCCGUGGAUAUCUAUAUUCAAGUGUCUACCGGUUUGGGCAUUAUUGGCGACGCAAUGCGCGCAAUCCUGGGGAUUCUGGAUGCUGCUAACAGAAAUCCCGUCCUAUAUGGCUUCGAUCAUGCGUUUCGAUAUCAAACAAAAUGGUUUGAUGACCGCUUUACCAUAUUUGACGGCAUGGAUCGUCAGCUUCCUCAUCAGCUACAUCUCUGAUCUUUGCAUCCGGAAAAACUACGUGACGACGGAGAGGUCACGGAAGAUCUGCAACACGAUCGGCCAGUGGACACCGGCAAUCGCGCUGAUCGGAUUGGGAUACACGACACAGGACCAGCCGAAAUUAGCUGUGAGUAUCCUCGUCAUCGCCGUAUCCAGUAACAUCGCCUCUUUCUGCGGCCACAACGUCAAUCAUAUGGACCUCAGUCCAAACUUUGCCGGCACACUUAUGGGAUUCACGAAUGCCAUCGCGUCCGCUUGUGGCAUUCUCGCACCGUUAAUCGCUGGUGUCAUCGUCAAGGAUUCGACUAACAUUUUGCAAUGGCGAAGCGUGUUUUUCCUGUCGGCUGGAAUAUACUUACUGGGCAAUCUAAUCUUCAUCAUAUUUGGCACUAGCAAGGUGCAAAAGUGGAAUGACGAGAUUAAAAGCAAACGGAAUAGCGUUGUGCGUAAAAUAUCGAUGGCACCAGCAACUGUCGCGACGAUACACGAACAGAGAGACGUCGAAAAGAUUCCAUGACAAUCAAAAUAGAAAAAGUAUAAAAUUGCGCAGCAUAUGACAUCUGUUUUCGUUUUUAUUUUUUAAACUGUGUUCAUUUUAAAUGUGUGGAUAUGUGGUUUUGCGUGCUAACUUCUAAAUGACUUUAUAUAAAUGACUAUAUACCAUAUCAUCUUGAAGAUACGUAUGCACAUGAUUGUUCAUUACUAUUAAAGAUUGACUUGACUGGAGGCUACAUAUCUGCAUUGAUUUCAAGAUACAAAUAUAUAAAAUGUAGAUAGAAAAAGAAUGUUGAUCAAGUCAAAUGUAUAGAUAGAAUGUUCUUUAAUUAAAAAAUAAAUUAUUAAUGAUUAAAUUCAAAUAGACUUUGCAACAAAAAUGCUGCAAUUAAUUUAAAUGAAAUUUAGAAAAUUUA